AUGUAUGCAGGAAAGCGCUUUACCUCACCGUUUAGUCCGGUGUCUCGGCAUUCACAAUCGCCCUUCAUGGCGCAGCGUGGCAGACAAGGAAUGGCGGCACCCGUCACCACUGCUUUAUCCUACAGUCACCCAAGACGGUUGACGAACAGUCGUGCAGCAUCAAGUACUGCGCGGCGAACGGGAAGUGGAAGAGAAAUGAGUGAACCACACUUGGGGCGGAGGCGGGCAGCAUCUAACGGCGGGAGGCAGCGUGGGGGUUAUAAUAUGGACACCAACACCAAAACAGUGGGUGACAUCGCCUCUGACGCACGACAUGUCAGUUUUACGAAGGGAAAGGGCUUUUUAACUGACGGCAACUCCUGCAUGGCGUUCUCGGAAAGUAAUCCCAAUAGCUACAGUCAGCGCAGCACCAAUGAGAAUGGUUACCAGGUGCGAAACCUCCUUUUGGAGUUGGUGGAGAUCAGCCAGGCAUUAGCUGCCUACUUGCAGGAUGGUUCUACUCCUGUGAUGCAGCUGCCACAGCAUGGCAUCAAUGAUGGUGGCCUUACGACCCGUCCACACUCUCAACAGCAGGCAACCCUAAAGGCGCAGGAGAUUGAGCGUAUUGUGAAACGCGUGGGAAAUCACUAUGCAGCAAAGAUUGCGUCCAUGGAACAGAGGGAGAAGGAACAAACUUCAAUCAUUGCCAAACUACGUAAAGAGCUUCAACGAUUGCAAUUGCAAGAGCGCCCGCAUUCUCCUGCUUUAUUGUCCAGCAGAAACAUGGAUCUUAGAACCCUGUCUCGCUCGGGUCCGUAUUCGCCGGCUGCUCCUUAUGGCGCACGUCCUACUAUUACUACUACUAGUACUGCUACUGCUUCAAAUGGCAAUAGUGGUGACGGCCAUGGUGAGCAGACUACGGAGGUGGAAAACCUCCGCAGCAUGUUGCAGGAGGAAAAACGUCAGCGUCUAUUUGUAGAGGAGCAAACGCAGUCUCUCUCAGAGCAACACGGACGCGUUGUUAGGACCCUUGAGCGACGACUACAGAAGCAGGAGGAGCAAUUGCGUGAGCUGGUUGCCUCGCUGGAGCAUCAGGCACGGUUUGAGCCACCGUCGCCAACCUCUCGCUCUCCAUCUGCGUCGCAUCAUUCACCCGCAGUCGUGGCACCCUCGCCGCGUUUACUGUUGCGGCAACAGCUGGUGCAGCAUGAACAGACACAACGAGCCCUUGAAGCAUAUCGUCGAAGCCUUCAUGGUGCUCAGGGGCUAAACACAAGUAAUCGAGAUACUCGCCCUGCUGAUAAUAACCGAAUGAAUCCUAAUCGUGACAACGGUGAUACCCUUGAUGACGAUGACGUUUUAGUGGAGCUUGGUCUUGCUGAGCCAAAGCCCAAAAUGCAUACUGAAAGUGACACACACAACGCAGGUCAGGACACAGUAAAUUCUUUACCUUUGAAGCGUUUGUCGUCACCACCACCGAAAUUCCAGCAGCAGCAGCAGCAACAACAACAACAACAACAACAAUGGCCUCAGCUGCAGUCAUAUAGUGUAAAAAAUGUGACAAACGUGAUGGAUGUCAAUGCUGUAAAGGUGGUCGCGGAGGUGGACGACAUUGCUGCCUUCUUGGACAAUAUCACCCAGGAGUUGGAGAGCAUUGAUGCUUUGGGGCAGGAACGUGAAGGAGAAGUGUAG